AUGACAAAGCCCUCAAAUAGCAGACGCCAUAGAAUAACCAACGACGUGGAAAAACGUCUAACGAUUUAUAUUCGACAGUUACUACAGCAACGAACAGAAAAUAAUAGUGAGGUCGCUAAGAAACUAGAACUCAACACAAAUACAGUGUUCGAAUAUGUACAACGAGUCGAUUAUAAGUUUAGGCGUAUGAAGAAACUGCAGUUGGAGCAGCAUAUUGAUAGUGUAUUAAAAUCUGUUAAUAAGCAACGAGAGGCUUCGCCCAUAGAAGAAGGAACUGAUGAAAGAAGUGAGAAUAUAGAUGAUGAAGAUAAUGAUGAAGAUGUUGAAGAUGAAGGUGACGAUUCAGAGUUCGAACAACUUGAAGGUGUUCAGAUGAUGGAAGUAAAAUCAUCUACGAAACUAUCAUCAUUACCUGUCACAUCCUCUAUGCCACAUUCAACAAUAUCAUUGUCGCCAUCAUUGGCAUCUUCAAUAACUAACGACAACAACAACGAUAAUAAUAAUUCAUCUAUAAAUUUUGAUUCAUUGUCAUUAUCAUCACAAUAUAACCAUGACAAUACGCCGAUAUCUCAAAAAAUGGCAGCAGCAAAUAAUAAUCAUGAAAAUAAUUUUCAGCUUGCAACUCAAGCCCUCUUAAAUUCAGCGAAACUAAAUAACCUUAACGAUAAUAGUAAUAGUAAUAAUUCUUCCUCCCGAGGCAAGAAUAAUGCAGGACUGGACAACAUAUCUCUCAACAAAUCAAUAGCACCGUUACCAGCUGCACGAUUAUCAGACUUGGGUGGAGUUGAUUCUUGUAUUGAAGAAGUGUUGGAACUGAUUGCUAUGCCGUUGGCGCAUCCUGAGAUCUACUUACAUACGGGUGUGCAGCCACCAAGAGGAAUAUUAUUACAUGGUCCUCCCGGAUGCGGGAAAACAUUACUUGCGAAUGCAAUUGCAGGGGAACUAGACGUCCCAUUUAUUAGCAUUUCAGCUCCAUCAGUGGUAUCCGGCAUGUCAGGCGAAUCAGAAAAAAAGAUACGUGAAAUUUUCGAGGAUGCCAAGAAAACUGCCCCCUGUCUUAUAUUCAUCGAUGAGAUUGACGCCAUAACACCAAAACGUGAAACUGCCCAACGAGAAAUGGAACGUCGUAUUGUAGCACAACUACUAACGUGUAUGGACGACCUAUCCUGGGAAAAGACCGACAAUAAACCAGUGUUAAUUAUCGGAGCGACUAAUCGUCCGGAUUCACUUGAUCCGGCGUUACGACGUGCCGGGAGGUUUGAUCGGGAGAUUAGUAUGGGAGUUCCAGAUGAAGAGGGAAGAGAAAAAAUCCUCAAAGUCAUCUCUAAAAAAUUAAGACUAUCGGGUGAUUUUGAUUUCAAGUCGCUUGCUAAACUUACGCCUGGUUAUGUCGGAGCUGAUUUGAAUGCACUUACUGCGGCUGCUGGUGUGAUUGCUGUAAAACGUAUAUUUCAGCGAUUGGGCGAAGACGUUGACUUAAGAAUGUCGUCUUCCGCAUCGUUUUCCUCACAAAAAUUUCCAAACAACGAAACCAAUGAUGCUAUGCAAAUAGAUACUGAAGGCUCUUUAUCAUCAUCCUCCAUUAAUCCAACUAUCAUUACCAAUAACAUCACUAGCCCACCACCCGCACCAACACAAAAUCCCUUUGAAAAACAAUCACCAACAGACCAACUACGCUUCAUAUCCGCAUUUCUAAAAUCACAUCCCGAUCCACUAACGCCCGAAGAACUAGAACCGCUCAGCAUCAACAACACCGAUUUCAUCGAAGCGCUUGACAAAGUCCAACCUUCGUCAAAACGUGAAGGAUUCGCCACCGUGCCGGAUGUGAGUUGGUCCGAUAUCGGAGCACUGUCGUUUGUUCGAGACGAACUGAGGAUGGCGAUUGUUGAACCGAUUAAGUGGCCUGAUUUAUUUGAACAGGUGGGGAUUACGGCUCCGGCUGGUGUUUUGUUGUGGGGGCCACCGGGGUGUGGGAAGACGUUAUUGGCGAAAGCUGUGGCGAAUGAGAGUCACACUAAUUUUAUUUCAGUGAAGGGUCCAGAAUUGUUGAAUAAGUACGUGGGAGAAAGUGAGCGUGGAAUACGACAAUUGUUUGCACGCGCUAGAGCAUCUUCUCCGUGUGUCAUAUUUUUUGAUGAGUUAGAUGCGUUAUGUCCACAUCGUGAUGAAUCAAAGUCAGAAUCCACGUCACGGGUAGUAAACACUUUACUUACAGAAUUGGAUGGCUUGGAAAGUCGUCGACAAGUUUACGUGAUUGCUGCGACAAAUAGACCAGGCAAGUAUCCGUCAAAACAACAAUACUAA